CGAUCAAUAAUAAUUUUUUAUGAAAUAGUAAAUUGACUGUUCGAUUGAAUGCUUACACAGUGUAGUGUAGAAGACAACUCUCAGUUUUACAGUCCAGGCAUUCGAUACUGAUAGUCCGCUAUACAUGUAAGUGCAAUAAAAAAAAACAAUGGUAAAUCCAAAAAAAAUAGCGAUUGUUGGAGCGGGUAUUGCGGGAAUCAAUACAGCUUUAGAACUUCAAAGAUUGUAUCCUGACUUCGAAUUGACCAUCAUCGCCGAUAAGUUUAACAGCGAGACGCUAAGCGACGGAGCUGCUGGCUUAUUUCGACCUGAAACUUACUGUUUCGGUCCAAGUUUUGACAUUUCUCAGGAAUGGAUAAAUGAUGCUUAUAACUUUUAUAAGAAUUUGUUGAACACCGAACCGUGUGGCAUUAACGAAAUAUCGGGUUACACAUUUUCAAAGAAAAAAGAGUUUACUGAAAACCAUUAUUUAAAAAAAUGUUUGCCAACGUACAGAGACGCUACUGACGAGGAACUCUUGCAACAUUCGACAGAAAAUUCUAUCAAAGAAUACGGGUCAUUUUGUACGUCAAUAGUUAUAGAAUGUAAACGGUUUUUACCUUGGGCACUUAAAAAAAUCACCAACAACGGCGGCAAUGUUAUCGAGAGGAAAAUUCACUCGUUCGAUGAGAUUUGCGACGAUUUCGAUUUCAUCUUUAAUUGCGCCGGAUUAGAAGCUGCGCGUUUGUGCGACGACAAGGAGUUGGUGCCUAUACGCGGACAAAUCUUACGGGUCAAAGCUCCGUGGGUCGACAAAUUCUACUACGACGACUUUGACACUUACAUAAUUCCGUCCAUAGAAGACGGUACUGUGGUGUUGGGCGGAUGCAGACAUUUCGGAAGCCAUGACGUUGCAGCACAGCAACGGGACACGGAUACGAUUUUGGAAAAUUGUAUUAGACUAGUGCCUUCACUGAAGGAAGCGUUGAAAUCCGAGUACAAAGUAUGGGUCGGUCUCAGGCCCUACCGGUCCAGAGUGCGGAUCGAGGCGGAAAAAAUUAAAAGCGCCGUGGUCAUUCAUCAUUACGGACACGGUGGAUACGGCGUGACUCUGGGACCCGGCACGGCUAAAUACGCUGUAAAACUGUUGCUUUCAUACUUGUAAUACUUGGCUUACCGCUUUGCGGUUUGUCGACUUUACAUAAUAACAAUUUAAUCCGGCUAUAAUAGCUUAUUUGGUGUUUAAACUUGGUACGCGAUGUACAUUUAUUAUAAUAAGUAAUAACACUACGUCAAUUGAUAUUUGUAUGAUAACGUCGAAUGACCUCGAUUCUGAAUAUGACCUUAAACUUGACA